UUGUAGCUUUCCACUAUGGCGGCAAAUCAGAACAUCAUCACCAUCAAUGUGGGUGGCAAAGAGAUCAUGCAGGUGAAGCCAGAGUUGUUCAGCGUCGUCGGGGACAACAAGUUUGCUUCGAUCUGUUCUGAACGUUGGCAACAUCAACUUGAUGCAGAUGGGCGCCUGUUUGUUGAUUAUUGACCCCAAGUCUUUGUGCCAUUGGUUGAAUUUCUCCGCUUAGCGCGAGACUCAGAGCCGGACAUGCCUGCACCGGUGCUGGUGGAUCCUUCUUAUCGUCGGGCUUGGAUUCGCAUGAUGCUUGCGUCUUCCUUCCACCCAAAGGUGAUGCGCAAAGCUGGGAUGACACCCCAAGAGCUGCGGGACUGCGGUUGUGAUCCCAAAUUUCUCUGCGAGGCCGGGUUCUCCGUCAAAGAACAGGGGAUCCAAGCCAGCGGCCCCCAGGCUAAGGUUCAUUUGGGAUCUGAAGAGAAAGUAGCAGAGCAGCUUAGUCUGCAAGACCUGGUGGAGGCAGGUUACUCGAUCGAAGAACUGCGGAAUGCUGGAUACACAGCUGGACAGCUGAAAAAUGCCGGGUUCAAACCGCAGGACUUCCUAGACGGUGGAUGUAUGUUUCCGUGUUUGAAACAGGCUGAAUUCACAAUUCGACAGCUUUGUUGCAGCGGGCUGACAAUUCAGCAAGUUCUGGAAGUUGGGUACCUUGGCGAGGCUGGGUUUGAAAUUCAGGAGCUGAGGAUGGCUCGCUUCACACCGGAACAAUUUUUAGAGGCUGGAUUUACGUUUCAGCAGCUGUUGGGACGUGCUGGAUUUACCCUGCCGGAGCUGACCCAGCAUGGUUGGACACUUCAGCAAUUUCUGGAGAAUGGACUCACAUCAAGGGACUUGCAGAGGGCUGGACUUACCCCACAGCAGUUCUUACAUGGGGGAUUUACACUUCCACAGUUGCGAGAGGCCGGAUUCACGCUCGAAGAGCUUGCACGACAGGAUUUCACCCUUCGGGAAAUUCUAGAGGCAGGCUUCACGGUUCAAGAGUUGAGAGUGCGCUAUGGUGUGCAUAGUUGCUAUGACCACCGUUUCACCGCUAGGGAAUUUGUAAGAGCUGGAGUGGCACUUGAAAAACUGAGACUAUCUGGAUUCAAAGCUCGUGAAUUGCGAGAUGUUGGAGUGACGCCCAAACAAUGCCUGGAUGCAGGAUUUGAUGCACGACAUUUGGUUCGAGCUGGAAUCUCAUUGAUAGAGAUCGUGGGUCAACCUCAGCAGCUUGCUCAGGGAGGAUCAACACUCAAGGAUCUUUUCAAGGCUGGGUUUGCAGCUGCAGACUUGAGGGUGGCUGGCUUCAAGGCCGAACAGUGCUUAGAUGCUGGCUCUAACCCGGAACUGCGACAAGCUGGGUUUCAACCUCAGCAGCUUGUUGAAGGAGGAUUGACACUCAAGGAACUUGUUGAGGCUGGGUUUGCGCUUCCGGACUUGAGGACGGCUGGGUUUCGCCCCCAACAGCUCUUAGGAGUGACGCUUCAGGAACUGAGAGACGCUGGAUUCACAGUUGGUGAGAUGCGAGCGGAUGGGCUGACAGCCCGACAAUGCCUGGAUGCAGGCUUCGGUACAAGAGACUUGAAUGAUGCUGGCUUUGUGUUGAGAGAGAUUGCAGCUGUGGGAAUGCCUGUGAGACGGUGCCAACGUGCCAUGGCCUUCAAGCGAGUACAGAAAGGUGGCAAGCUAUACUGGACACCAUGCAGCCCUGGCGCGGAUGGCGCGGUUGCAAUGAAACUGAUGGAUGUUCCAGCAAGUGAGCUGCUGUCGCCAGAUGUCUUGCCGUCGGACUUUGAGGCUGCCCUCGAAAAGGUGCGCCCGAGUGUGAGCCCGGCUGACCUGAAAGAUCACGAGGCGUUUACCUCGACUUUCGGCAUGGAGGGCCAGUGA